AUGGGAAAGGGUGAGGUGCAAUGGGGGUUGGGGAGGGGAUCGAAGAGAGGCAGAGAGAAAGGAGGGGUGGGGUGCGAUGGAAAAGGGUUGGGUGUAAGGUCUAAGGAUGGGAUGGGAGAGAAAAGAGAGGUAGAGAAAGUGAGAAAAAGAGAGAGAGAAAGAGGCAGAGGGAUUAGUUUAUAA